AAACUCCAACUAGGCGACAAAUCCUUUCAUUCUUUGGAUUUCGUUUUUCAUUUUGCAUAUUGUUGAUUUGAAAUCGAAUAAUAAUCAGGAAUACUGGCUUAUUAAGACACAUACAUCGAUUUCAAUUCGGACUAUGGAUUUUUUUCAGCUCCAUGUAAGGGGGCUAUGUGCACCAACAACAUAUAAGGAAUCGACAUCAAGCAAUAUGUCGACUCGAAAGGGAUUAGAAACUCAUAACAGAGAUCUAGAUCAACAUCCUAGGAUUGAAGAUACCUGAAGAUCCCUUACCAAGGCGUUCAUUUAACACCCAACAUAGCGGAUAAACGAUACUCAUCAACCUCUCGAACACCAUGACGAAAACCAUAGUGAUCCUAGGCGCCGGCCUCGCAGGUCUUCCUUUAGCACACUACCUAAUCUCGCGCACCGCAUCUCAAGUCUCGGACCUACGCGUAGUGCUCGUCUCACCACAGACACAUUUCUACUGGAACGUAGCCUCAGUGCGCCUAGUCCUACCCAACCAACCACAACUCCCAGAAGAAAAAUACCUCUUCCCAAUCGCCGAGCAAUUCACACAAUACCCACACAAAGACCGCUUUGAAUUCGUCCUCGGGUCCGCGACAAAACUAACCCCGGAGCAAAACUCCGUUACCGUGACUGUGAGCGAUGGGAGUAACAAAGAUAUUGAGAUCUCGUAUCAUACUUUGGUUAUUGCGACGGGGACUACGUAUAAAACGGGCAUGCCGUGGAAGACACUCCCCUCGACUGAGUCUACGCGCACCGUGAUCGCGAACCUGCAAUCAUCAAUCGAAGCCGCGUCCUCAAUCGUAGUAGCAGGCGCCGGCGUAACAGGCGUAGAAUUCGCGGGCGAGCUCGGGUCCGCAUUCUCCAAGCAUGGAAAAAAGAAAGUCACAGUCCUCCACUCCGAAGCCUUACCCCUAGAAUCCCGACUCCAAGAACGAGUUCGCACGACCGCGAAAAAGGAAUUGCAGAAACUAGGCGUAGAGUACGUGGGAAACGCACGAGUCACAGCCGUGACGCCAGCUGCGGGGGGUAAAGGAGAGGAAGUCAAGGUCGAGAUCAAGGAAAGCGGGAAGACGACGACGACGACGAUUACGGCGGAUUUGGUUAUCCCAACGUAUGGCGCGGAGUAUAAUACUUCUUUCGUGCCGGCUUCUAUGCACGACCCUUCUUCCCCAGGUCGUCUCCUAGUAACCCCCGACCUGCGCUCCCCUUCCCACUCCAACAUCUUCAUAGUCGGCGACGUCAGCACCCUGCAAGCACCCCAAGCCGUACACUCAGAAGCACAAAUCCGCCACCUAAUGAAGCAACUCAGCCCCUCGUACUUCGCCUCCGCCAGUCCAUCCGCCGUUACCCUCGAACCUUACUACAAGAAACCCGACGAAUUAAAGAAAAUCAUGCUCGGUUUGACAAUCGGCAAGGACCGCGGCGCAGGACAAGUAGGAACGUUCCAACCGCCUUCUAUCCUGAUCUGGUGGCUGAAAGGUCGACAUAUCGGCACGGAUUAUUCGCAUUUAUUUGCUGCGGGUGCUCGUGGUGCUAAUGGGGCGUGGCCGAAUUAAGUCCAAUCUGAGUGAGUGAGCUGGGUUAGUGGGUUUGAUUAGGACCAAGAGGAAGAUUGCGCGUGGGAGCAAAGACCGAAUACAAAUCGAUGGAUUGGCGCUUUUGGAAUUACUCUUGUUAGCUUUAAGAAUCAGGGAUACCAUAGUGUUUUGUACAGUAUAAUAA